GCCUCAGUCACUGCGGGGAGCGCGCUCAUCCUGACCUGAAUCUCCUUCGGAUCCCCCUGUCGCUGGCUACCAUGUCCUUCCUCCACUUGGGAAAAGCAGACGCUGCGACCAGUUUCCUCCGAGCUGCUCGAUCUGGGAACUUGGACAAACUCCUCGACUACCUGAAGAAUGGAACUGAGAUCAACACGUGUAACCAGAAUGGGCUCAAUGGCCUGCACCUGGCCUCGAAGGAAGGUCACGUCAAGGUGGUGUCGGAGCUCUUACACAACGGCAUUGCCCUGGAGACUGUCACCAAGAAGGGGAACACAGCACUGCACAUCGCAGCACUGGCUGGGCAGGAUCAGGUCGUCAAAGAGCUCGUUCACUAUGGAGCAAACAUCAACGCUCAGUCUCAGAAAGGAUUCACCCCACUCUAUAUGGCUGCACAGGAAAAUCACCUCGACGUGGUCAAGUUCCUGCUGGAAAAUGGCGCCAACCAAAACGUGGCCACUGAGGAUGGUUUCACGCCAUUAGCUGUGGCGCUACAGCAAGGCCAUGAGAAUGUGGUGGCAGUGCUGAUCAGUUAUGGGACCAAAGGCAAGGUCAGCCUGCCUGCCUUACACAUCGCAGCACGGAACGAUGAUACCCGGACUGCAGCCGUUCUACUACAGAACGACCCCAACCCAGACGUGCUGUCCAAGACCGGUUUCACCCCACUCCACAUCGCUGCACAUUACGAGAACCUCAACAUUGCCCACAUGUUGCUGACCCGGGGGGCAAAUAUCAACUUUACCCCCAAGAACGGGAUCACGGCACUGCACAUCGCCUCCCGGAGAGGGAACAGUAACAUGGUCAGGUUCCUCCUUGAUCGCCAGGCACAGAUCGAUGCUCGGACUAAGGACGAGCUGACCCCACUGCACUGUGCAGCCAGAAAUGGUCACGUUCGCAUUGCGGAGAUCCUCCUAGACCACAACGCCCCCAUCAUGGCCAAGACCAAGAAUGGCCUCUCUCCUAUCCACAUGGCCUCUCAGGGUGAGCACCUGGACUGUGUCCGCCUCUUGCUUCAGUACGAUGCAGAGAUUGACGAUGUGACCCUGGAUAACCUGACCCCUCUCCACGUGGCUUCUCACUACGGGCACCACAAGGUGGCACGCCUCCUGCUGGACAAAGGAGCCAAGGCCAGCGCCAGGGCAUUGAAUGGCUUCACUCCAUUACACAUCGCCUGUAAGAAGAAUCACAUCCGGGUGAUGGAUCUGCUGCUGAAACAUGGUGCUUCUCUCGAGUCUGUCACUGAGUCAGGGCUGACCCCGCUGCACGUUGCUGCCUUCAUGGGGAACCUGAACAUUGUGACCACCUUAAUGCAGCACGGUGCCUCUCCAAAUGUCUCCAGUGUGAAAGUGGAGACCCCAUUACACAUGGCGGCCAGAGCUGGGCAGACUGAGGUCGCACGCUUCCUCCUCGAUAACAACGCCCACGUGGACGCUAAAGCCAAGGACGAUCAGACCCCCCUGCACUGUGCAGCCCGGCUGGGUCACCUGGAGGUUGUCAGGCUGCUCCUGGAGCACGGGGCCUCUCUGCACUCGGUCAGCAGCACCGGCCACACCGCCCUGCACAUGGCAUCCCGGGAGGGCCACCUGGGCGUGGCCGAGGUCCUGCUGGACCGGGGGGCCUUGCUCACUCACAUGACCAAGAAAGGAUUCAGCCCUCUCCACAUGGCUGCCAAGUACGGAAGGUUCCGGAUGGCUGAGGUGUUACUGCAGCGCGGCGCAGAGCCAAACAGUGCUGGGAAGAAUGGCCUGACCCCUCUCCAUGUGGCUGUCCACCAUGAUAACGCUGACAUUGCGGAGCUGUUACUGAAACAUCAGGCUUCACCCCACUCUGCAGCUUGGAAUGGGUACACACCGUUACACAUUGCGGCCAAACAGAACCAGGUGGGCAUUGGCACGGCGCUGCUGGAACAUGGAGCAUCGGCUGACAGUGAGUCCUUCCAGGGAGUCAGCCCAUUACACCUGGCUGCACAGGACGGUCACCUCGACAUGACAGCGUUACUACUGCAGCACCGAGCCACCGUUAACCUCAGCAGCAAGAAUGGCCUGACAGCGUUACAUCUAGUGGCCCAGGAGGACCAAGUGCCAGUCGCUGAGUUACUGACGGACCAUGGAGCAUCGAUGGAGUCAACUACCAGGAGCGGAUACACGCCACUGCACGUGGCCUGUCACUACGGCAACAUCAACAUGGUGAAGUUCCUGCUCCAGCACAAAGCUAACGUCAAUUCCAAAACCAAGAUGGGAUUUACCCCGCUACACCAAGCUGCUCAGCAAGGUCACACCGAUAUUGUUAAUGUCCUCCUCAAACACGGAGCCUCUCCCAGUGAAACCAACAUGAAUGGCAGCACGGCCCUCGCAAUCGCAAAGACACUCGGCUACAUCUCGGUGACUGACGUCUUAAAUAUGGUAACCAAAGAGACCAUCAGCACGGCAGGAACAGAGAAGCACAGGCUCAGCUUUCCGGAAACGGUGGAUGAAAUCUUGGACGUUUCGGAGGAUGAAGGUGAGGAUGGCCUCGGAGGGGACACGGGAAAGGACCUGAAGUUGGACGACUCGAAGGAACAGGAGGACGAUUUGCUGCUGACCGCCAAGGCAGCUGACCUCGAUGAGUCCUGCUCUCCCGCCAUCCAGAGGAUGCCCCUCGCCGCCCUGGAAGUGGCAGUGCCCAAGGAGCAAGUUGUCACACAGCAAACGCAGCAGCACCAGCCGCCUGUGUCAGCGUCCAAAGACGUCGACGAAGAUUCCUUCACACCCGGCAGCCCAGCGACGGAGACGUCUGACAACAUCAGCCCCAUCGCCAGCCCCAUCCACACAGGCAUUGUCACCAGCAGUCCAGGGCUGGAAAGUCCCACUGCCCAUCCACUCAGCAGCCCUGUCCGGUCAGGGUUCCUGGUGAGUUUCAUGGUGGAUGCGCGUGGCGGUUCGAUGAGGGCCAGCCGCCAUAACGGUCUGCGUGUGGUGAUCCCACCGCGGACCUGCACUGCUCCCACACGGAUCACCUGUCGCUUGGUCAAGUCCCAGAAGCUGGUCAGCCCACCGCCCCUGGUGGAGGGGGAAGGACUGGGCUGCAGGGUGAUCGCACUGGGACCCGCUGGCACCCACUUCCUUGGACCUGUCAUUGUGGAAAUUCCUCACUAUGCCUCAGUGGACCAUGCAGACCGGGAGCUGGUGGUCUUGCGCAGUGAAAACGGCUCCAUGUGGAAGGAUCACAGGAAUUCUUACGGAACCGACCAGCUGGAGCAGCUUCUGAACGGAAUGGACGAAGACCUGGACUGCCCUGAGGAGCUGGACAGGAAGAGGAUCUGCCGAAUUAUUUGCACCGAGUUCCCGCUGUACUUUGCCGUGGUGUCCCGGAUCCGGCAGGACGUGGUCUGGAUCGGCCCGGAGGGUGGUGUCCUCCACAGCACCGUUGUGCCCAACGUCCGUGCCACCUUCCCCGCCUCCGCUGUCAUCAAGAAAGUUCGCCUCGGCCUCCAGGCCCAGCCCAUCCCGGACGGGUUAGUGACCAAGCUGGUGGGGAACCAGGCCACGUUCAGCCCCAUGGUGACGGUGGAGCCCAGGAGGCGGAAGUUCCACAUCCCAAUCGGGGUACAGAUCCCACGGCCGCCAUCCUGGCGGAGUAACCCACGGGAUACCAGCCAGGGAGAUGGCACCAGCCUCCGCCUGCUCUGCAGUGUCAUCGGCGGCACUGGCACUGCCCAGUGGGAAGACAUCACCGGGACAACCAAGCUCACCCACGCGAACGACUGUGCCAACUUCACCACCAACGUAUCUGCCAGGUUCUGGUUGGCAGACUGCCCGCGGACAGCGGAAGCCGUGAACUUUGCCACCCAGCUCUACAACGAGCUCAUGGCCGUGCCCUACAUGGCCAAGUUUGUGGUCUUCGCCAAGAUGCACGACGGGAAAGAUGGCCGACUGCGCUGUUACUGCAUGAGCGACGACAAGGUGGACAAGACCCUGGAGCAGCACGAGAACUUCGCCGAGGUGGCCCGAAGCCGGGACAUCGAGGUCCUGGAAGGAACGCCGCUGUAUGUGGAAUGUUCCGGCAACAUCGCGCCCGUCAGGAAGACGGGUCAGCAGCGCUGCCUCACCUUCCGUUCCUUCAGGGAGAACCGCAUUCCCAUCGCUGUCAAGGUGCGGGACAUUAACAAGGAGCCCACGGGUCAUAUCUCCUUCCUACGCAAACCAACAAAAUACGAAGACAUCCAGCAAGUCAUCUGUAACCUGAACAUCACCAUGCCACUGUGUUCAAAGGUGGAAGGCAGUGAGGAUCGGCGACGGAACCUGAUUCCCCUCGCACUGCGGGAACGAUACAGCACACUGCCUGAGCUGGCCAUGGCCUCUCUGAGUGCCCGGGAACGGGCUGAACUGAAGAUGUCCCUGAUCGCUGAACAGCUCGGGCUCAGCUGGGCUGAGUUGGCGAGGGAGCUGCAGUUCUCCAUCGAUGACAUCAACAAGAUCCGGGUGGAGAAUCCCAACUCGCUGCUGGAGCAGAGUGCCGCUCUCCUCAACCUGUGGGUCAGCCACGAGGGCAAGAACGCCAGGAUGGAGAGUUUGCACGUCGCUCUGAAGAAAAUCCAACGCAACGACAUCGUGAGUCUGCUGGAGGGCACCAGCCAGGACGGGCAGAGCCUGAAGAGCAAGAGGAGGCAGGGGGAGAGGGAUCACAGCCUGUCACCGACCGUCAAUGGUUUUGCAUCAGUGCCCGAUGAAAUGCUCUCGCCCGCUUCGCUUCACUACACCAUGCCUAGCCCGCUGCAGGCUGACCACUUCUGGAACGACGUCACAAACCUGGACGCCCUGGCACGGCCUGGCACCGAGCCCCUGCUGGAACUGUCCGACACCGCUCACCCGGCCUGGUCGCUAGGCCCCAGGCCUCCCCUGGUGGUGGCAGAGGAUUCCUCCCUGGACUGCAGCCGGGCCGAGGACUCGUUGCCUCCCGGUUCCCUCCCCGUCGCCGCUGAGGAGGAGGACUCCCUGGAGACGGACCCCAUCAACGGCCUGAUCGAGCUCUUCAAUCAGGAGAUGGAGGCGGCGACGGGGAGAGGCAGCACCGCGGCCUCGCCCGCUCUCAGCACCGGGAAUGGCAUUUGUGUCAUUGCAGGGCGACCAGAGUCGAAGGCCGGACGCACGGGCCCGCCCACCCCCAGAGGAGACGCCCAGGAGUGGCCGGGAAUGAGCACAGCCAGCGCCCGAGUCGCCUGCCGGACGGCGCUGAGCGGCAGUGGCUCGCUCGCCGUCGCCGAGGGAGGCCUGACGCAGGCCGAGGCCUGGAAAGCCAGGAGGGAGUGGGCCGAGCAGCCGGAGUGGGCCAGGCUGAGGGUGACGCAGGAGACGCUGGUCCAGCCGGUGCAGGACCGGGCCCGGCUGCAGUCGCUGCGUCGGCGCCAGCCAGAGGGCUCAGAGAACCCCCUGGGCCUCUGCCCGUCGAGAGUCGGCGGCGGCUCGGAUCCCAGGAGCAGCUGGAUCACCCUGGAGGAGGAGGAGGUGCUGGGCUCCGGGGAGGAGGGGGAAGAAGCCAAGAACAUUCCGGGAGAAUCGGUGAGGGAGGAGCAGUUCACCGACGAAGAUGGCAACCUGGUGACGAAGAAAAUUGUUCGGAAGGUGGUGCGGAGGGUAACUCCAGCCGAAGGGAAGGAGGAGACGGUGGAGAUCCUGCACCAGGAACCAGCCACCCCGGAAAACCAGCUGGACAACUUGGCAAAGUACGGAGUGUUUGUGCGGGACUCCACCAGCAGUAAGCUGACAGAGAGUGACAGUGCCUUGUACUCUGAGUGGAUUCAUGGCCGAAUGGGUGCCCAGAUUGUGAAGAGAAUCAGCUCCCGAGGCGCUCCGUCACUGCCGUGAAUUAGGGACGGUGCCACAAGGGUUCUGUACACAACGCCCAGCCCUGACAGCAGCGAGCAGACGAACUGGCGGCGUUGGGUUUGCAAGGGGAAGACAAAAACGGACUUGACCUUAGGCUACACGCAUGAGCUCCACCUGAGAGUUACUCACCUCAAUUCGCAUGCUCGACCUGCUAACAGCAUGUGUCUGUCGGACCAGCCAAGGGGACGUGAAGUGGGCACCGCUGACCCGGCAGCUGGGAAGACGGACUUCCAAUUAUCAGAUGCAGAUGGAGCAUCUUCACCCACCCACCCACCCCAUCCCUCGACUAGACUUCCCCCUCUCCAACCAGUCCCACCCCGAACGCUCACCUCUCUCUCUCUCUCCUCUGAGAUGGGUUGGAGCUGACAUCUUGGAGUGGUCUUCCAUUCAGUUGCUUUUUCUUUCGCUGCCUGUGGUUCAUUUUGAAUACUAUGCAAAAAAAAAACAGCGGUGCACAGCAAUAUAUCCAUCCCAGCGCCUUUCAGGACAGUUCCACAAGCAGCUGAUAGACAGAUACCCUGUUCUGUUCUGCAACGAUGGCUUUAUUGUUUGUCAGCAUUGAGACUGGUUCAGCACUGACCCUUUCACUGAGGUUUUGACGCUUCUGAGUACUCUGUUUCUGUGUUUUUUUGUUUCUGUAAAGGGUUUUGGUUUUUUUUUUUGCAGUGA